GAGCGCGUGUUGGUGCCGAGCGCAGUGCGUCCCUCCCCCUCCUUUCUCUAUCGCACGCUAGUCGGGAGCGAGAUCUUCCCUCACACACAUACAGCGGCGGUCAUCUCUCCUCCUUGUCCGCUGUCCCGGGCCGUUCCACACCGGUGCUUUCUCCUCUCUAACCCGCCUCAGGAAGGAGGGGAUCGCGGCUGAGGCGCUCCGACUCUCCCUCCCUUCCCAGGAGCGGUCCCUGCACCGCCUCACCGAGGAGCUUCCUCUCUCUCCUCCCCCUCCAGCCAGGCCCGAGCCUGCAGCUCUCCUCACACACACAUUCGGCCUUCGCUUUUACUCCCCUUCCCUGUCCCUCCCCGCCCUACACUUCACUCAGCAUGUCGGCGCCGGCGGCCAAAGUCAGUAAAAAGGAGGUGAACUCCAACCACGACGGAGCGGAUGAGACCUCAGAAAAGGAACAACAGGAAGCUAUCGAACACAUUGAUGAAGUACAGAAUGAAAUAGACAGACUCAACGAACAAGCCAGCGAGGAGAUACUGAAAGUAGAACAGAAAUACAACAAACUCCGUCAGCCAUUUUUCCAGAAGAGGUCAGAGUUGAUCGCCAAAAUCCCUAAUUUCUGGGUAACAACAUUUGUCAACCACCCACAAGUAUCUGCAUUGUUGGGUGAGGAAGAUGAGGAGGCGCUUCAUUACCUGAUCAGGGUGGAGGUGACAGAAUUUGAAGAUAUAAAGUCUGGUUACAGAAUAGAUUUUUAUUUUGAUGAAAAUCCGUAUUUUGAAAACAAAGUCCUGUCUAAAGAGUUUCACUUGAACGAGAGUGGUGACCCAUCCUCAAAAUCAACUGAAAUAAAAUGGAAAGCUGGAAAGGAUCUGACAAAGCGUUGUAGUCAGACACAGAACAAAGCCAGUCGGAAGAGGCAACAUGAAGAGCCAGAGAGCUUCUUCACUUGGUUCACAGAUCAUUCUGAUGCGGGUGCAGAUGAACUCGGGGAGGUCAUUAAGGAUGACAUUUGGCCAAACCCAUUACAGUACUACUUGGUCCCUGAUAUGGAAGACGAAGAAGGAGAGGGUGAGGAAGAAGAUGACGACGAUGAGGAAGAAGAGGGACUGGAAGACAUUGAUGAAGAAGGUGAUGAAGUUGAAGGAGAAGAUGACGACGACGAUGAUGAAGAUGAGGAAGGAGAAGAGGCGGAGGUAUGAAGAUGAAGGCGAAGAUGACUAAAAUCGCAUUGUUUGGAUUCCACCCUUUUUCCUUUUUUUGUUCGUUUUCCCCCCUUUUUUAUCAUCCAACCCCUGGGAGCAAGAUGCUGUUGUAAUAUUUUUAUUAUUUUUUUUUUUUAAAUUGUGUGCUCAGUCGCCUUGUUCUCUGGUCCUUUUUCGCCUGCCCUUUCUACCAUAUUUCAUAAGUUUAUUUUGUUCAGGUGGGAAGGGGUGAGAACUGAGUAAAUGCAGUGGAAAUCUCUAACCAGUUUUUUUUGUUCCCAAAUCCACAAUAAACCAUACAACAGUAACAUCGCAUCAUAUGGUCUGGGGUGUGGAUGCUCCUUGGCUUUGUCAUCAUUGCGGAAAGCCGGGACAUGUGAAACCCUGUGUGAUAGUUCAUAGCCAAGUGUUUUUCCUUCAUUUUUUUUUUCUGUGUAUAUUGGGCUCAGAGGUUGCACUGUGUAUCCAUGUGAAUAUGGACAGAUAACAUUUACCAACAUGUAUCAGUCUAAUUUUUUUUUUCCUUGUUUAAAAAAUGUAUUAAAAUAACAAAAAAAAAGUGGAGGGUGGGAUGGGGGGUAGUCAGUGGGGUGGGUUUUGAGAAUCAGCAAGGGAGGGUGGGGAGGGCUAGAUUUGGGUAUUUUGGAAGCUUUUUCUUUUCCCCCACCCCGUUUUUGGCAUGUUUAGUGGUGUUUUCCCGGGACAUCCUUAUAAUUCAAGACACUUAAGAUAAUAAAAUAGUAAUGGUUGCCAGCCCUGAUACUGUACGGGGCCCCAUAGGAACCCUACAAGACAUUGGAAUCAGACAUUUUUUCAAUUUUUUUUUUAAUUUUUUUCUGGAAAAGAGAAAUGCUCAGUUUUAAACGUUAAAGUGUACAAGUUGCUUUGUUACAAUAAAACUAAAUGUGUACACAAAGGGACUACUGGUUUUCACUUGGAUACUUUCUCCCUUCCCUACCUGUUCUCUCCCCCCCCCAUCUGUUUUUUGCUGGUUCAGACUUCUAUUUAAAUGUUUUUUGAUACAGGGCAUUUUUGUAGUUAAAAACUCAACUCUCCAGCCGAGCAGCAUCCUGCGCGGCUGUGGAUCUCAACAUACAGUCAGCACCUUUCCCCUCCAUUCACGAUGGGGGGUUUUGUGGUAAUUUUUGUAAUUUGCUUGGCAAAAGGUGUUAAGUAGGCACUUAAUCUGAUUCCUAGUCUGUUAUAAAUCUACAUUUUUGCUGUCAGAUUUUGCCUGUCAAUCAACACUACGAAUAAAGUAAAUUGGUGUGUUCUGUA